GUGUGUGUAGUUUUGAUACAAGUGUAGUGUUUGUGCGUGUGACACACUAGUUGAAGGCGUGUUUUUUUGAGUGAUAUGCCUGGUAAGUGUGUUUUGCACAAGAAUUGUUUGGGUUGGCUCCCUUACAGAUGAGUGUGUGUCGACUAAUCACUCAGCCCGGCGAUCAGUAGGCACAUCCUGGCAUUGUCCUGCUGUGUGUGUGUUGGAUGCUGGCAGACUGUGGGCACUGAUUUGUCGACAGAAUGAUACUUUGUUCUUCUUGACCAAACCUGACAUGGGGUAGGAGGGGUGUUCAGAGAAAGCCACUGAUAGCUGGGCGGGCUGUGAUAUAAAUGCUUCUGGUGUUGCUGAAAAUCUUUGUCUGGGACUGUCAGAUCAUCCCGUAAUGUCCUGGCCAAUUCAACUCUGACUGAAUUUUCUUUUUUGAGGAAAACUGUGGAGAUGGUUUUAAAGGCAUUCUUGCAAGGAAUUUGUGUCUGCAUGUACAUAACAGCAUGUGUGGCAGGCGUGACGGGGCGAUGCAGUCUGUUUGGUCGAUACCAUGUGCACACGUUUGAUGGGGUUUUGUAUGAGUUUCCUGGAGACUGCAGCUACCUUCUGGCCGGGGACUGCAGCCAUCGCUCUUUCACCCUGCUGGGGGAUUUUCACAAAGGUAAAAGAACUGGAGUCACACUGUUUUUGGGUGAUGCUUUCGAGUUGCACCUUUCUGUGGAUGGAUUUCUCUCACAAGGAGAAAAAAGACUCUCUCUUCCCUAUGCAUCCCAUGCUGUGUUUGUUGGCUCUGAGCUGGGCUUUUAUAAGCUCUGGAGCGAAGAGUUUGGUUUCACUGUGACAAUCGAUAAUGCAGCCAACAUUGCUUUGACCCUGAGCAAGCACCACGCCAACCACACCUGUGGCCUCUGUGGCAACUUUAACGCCGCUACCGCUGAUGAAUAUACAGCUCAGGAGGGCAUUCUGACAGAGGACAGUUAUGAUUUUGCAAAUUCGUGGGCAGUGAAAGGGGCCGAUCAGUCUUGCCGACGUGUUUCAAGUCCCUCCAAGUCUUGCAACAGCACUAAAGGGACAGAGGCGAUUUUGUCCAGCUGCAGUGUGCUAAAAAGUGGGAUCUUCCUCCACUGUACCCACCUCGUCUCUCCUGAGGCGUUCUUGUUGCUGUGUCAGGCGGAGUCUUGCCACUGUGACCAGCAGGACGUAGAAGACUGUUACUGUCCGAUCCUGUUAGAGUAUGCUCGAACGUGCCAUGCCCAUGGGACACUUCUGCAUGGCUGGCUGGAGGAGAGCAAAUGCUACCCUAAGUGUCCAAUCGGGAUGGAGUACAGUGAAUGCACCAAGUCCUGCUCCACAACUUGCCACAGUUUAAAUAUACAGGAGGUCUGCAAGGAGGAGUGUGUGGAUGGCUGUACAUGUCCUGCGGGCAAAGUUUUGGAUGGGAAUCGCUGUGUGGAAGUAUCUGAGUGUUCCUGCACGCAUAUGGGAAAACAUUUUCCUCCAGGAUUUACAGUUUCCCAGGACUGCAACACAUGUGUUUGUCGACAUGGAUCAUGGGAAUGCAGCAACGAAGGAUGUCCUGGUGAAUGCCUGGUUGUGGGACAGUCUCACUUUAAGAGCUUUGACAACAAAUUUUUCACCUUCACUGGUGACUGUCAGUAUCUGCUGGCAGAGGACUGCACCAACAAGGACUUCUCCGUCAUAAUUGAGAAUGUACAGUGUGCUGACAAUCAGGAUGCUGUGUGCACUCGCUCAGUGACGCUCAGCCUGCCCUCGCUGGAGAACAUGACAGUAAAGCUGAAGCACGGAGGAGUUGUUUCCGUCAACAACAUGGACAUCCAAACCCCAAUGCAUCAUGGUCGUUUGCAUAUCCAGAGAACUGUGCAGUCGUCUGUUCGUGUGAAGUUUGGUGAUGAUCUUCGUCUGGACUGGGAUGGGCGGGGCCGUGUGCUCCUCAAGCUCACAGCACGAUGGGCAGGACAGACUUGUGGUCUCUGUGGGAACUACAACGGCAACCAAGGCGACGACUUCUUGUCUGAUUCUGGAUUGGUUGAAGCGAGCCCACAGGCGUUUGGCCAGACCUGGAAGAUAAACGGAGAUUGUGAAUCCACUCACAAAUACGACUCUGAUCCGUGUGCCAUCAACCCCAAAAGAGUGCGUUUUGCAGAAGAAGCAUGUGCGGUCAUCAUGUCGGAUGUGUUCAGCCCGUGCCACAUUUUGGUGAACCCGAGUCCCUUUCAGCGGUUCUGCCGCUAUGAUGUGUGUGCAUGUGGAGACGGUGAGAAGUGCCUCUGCUCUGCUCUGGCUGCUUAUGCAUCUGCCUGCUCUGCAAAAGGAGUCCUGCUGAACUGGAGAUCCCCCUCACUCUGUGAACUGGAGUGUUCUGGAGGCCAGGUCUACGAGGCCUGUGGGACGGUGUGUGACCGAACAUGCCUCUCUCUGUCCGGCGCCGAGGCCGGCUGCGAGGGGGAGAAAGUAUGCGAGGAGGGUUGUUUCUGCCCCGCUGGGAAAUACCUGAGUCCUUCCGGACAAUGUGUGACAGCAGACCUCUGCCCUUGUCUGCAUGAUGGACAGCUCUAUCAGCCAAGUGACGUCUACGCCGACCACAACAGCAUUUGCCACUGUGAGAAUGGCUACAUGCGUUGUAGCUCCUCUGAAGUGCCUUCCUUUCUGUCCGACCUCUUCUAUGAUGAAGAUCUUGGAUCACCCAGAGAGCGGCGAUCAGCACAGUGUCCGCCACCUCUUGUUCGCACGGAAUGUGGUCCAGGUGAAAAGGGCCUCGAGUGUGCCAGAACUUGCCAGAAUUUGGAUCUGCCCUGUGUCAGUCUUUCCUGCAUCCCCGGCUGCCUCUGUCCGCCAGGCACUGUACGUCAUCGGAGAGACUGCAUCGCACCAGAGCAGUGUCCCUGUUUCCAUAACAACAGGCCAUAUGCAGCAGGACAAACAAUCACUGUGGACUGUAACACCUGCGUGUGCGAGAACAGGAAAUGGCGCUGCACGCAGAAGCUGUGUGAUGGCGUGUGCCGUUCCAUAGGGGAGGGGCAUUACAUCACGUUCGAUGGGCUCAAGUAUUCUUUCCCAGGCCUCUGCCAGUAUGUCUUAGUCCAGGACAUGUGUCAUGGAGAAGAGGGCUCCUUCAGAGUGCUGGUGGAGAAUGAGGCCUGUGGGAUUGUCGGGCGUCGAUGUGCCAAAGCUGUCACGGUUUUCUACCAGGGCGGCUUGAUUGUGAUGCAGCAUGGAGAGGUGACAAUGAAGAAACCUGUGCCGCAGAGUUUCCAGGUGGAGAUAAUACGGUCCGGUCAGUUUUACACCCUCCUGCUGGGAAAGCACAUCUCCCUCAGCUGGGACAGAGGAACUCGCCUUCUGGUUCACAUCUCUGCAGCAUAUAGGGGUCGGGUUUGUGGUCUGUGUGGUAACUUUGAUGGGAACGUCAACAACGACUUUACAAGCAGCAACAACCAACUGGAGGUGGAUUCCUCACACUUUGGAAACUCAUGGAAGGUGAUUCCAAGCUGCGCUGAUGUCACACAGGUCCCUCUUCCCUGUGGUGACAACACAAUGAAGUUAGUCACAGUGGAGCAAUCUUGUCGGUUGAUCACCGGUCCCCCUUUCAAAGAAUGCAACAGCCAGGUGGAUGCAGAGCCGUACGUAGAGAUGUGUGUGGAGGCAGCAUGCUCGUGCCCAUCAGUGGGCGACUGCGCAUGUUUCUGCGAUGUUGUUGCAGCGUAUGCACAGGCGUGCUCAGAGAGAGGCCUCUCCAUCAGCUGGAGAUCCAACGAUCUUUGCCCAAUGAGUUGUGAGGAGCUAAACCCAAAGAUUCCAGGUGUUGGAGAAGAGUUAUGCCAGUGGAGAUAUAAUACAUGUGGUCCUGCGUGUCCCAUCACCUGCCAGCACCCAGACCCCCUUCAGUGCUCCCUCACAUGUGUGGAAGGCUGUCACGCCUACUGUCCUCCAGGACAACUCUUGGAUGAGGUGGCCAUGCGGUGUGUCAAUCCCUCCCAGUGUCAGGUGUGUGUACAUAAUGGCCAAAGAAUCUCCCAUGGCAACAAGGUCAUCCUAAAUCAUGAUAACCCCGCCCUUUGCAAGAUCUGCCACUGCGAGAACAACUCCCUAAGCUGCGAGGACUGUACGUCCCUGAGCAUGUUGACCACCCCAACGCCAACACCUUCUUAUGGCACCUUCACAACCCUGGCCUUUACCACCCUGAUGCCUGAAGGCACGUGUGAUCGAGCCAUGGAUCUGGCCUUCUUACUGGAUGGUUCGGAGGCCCUGAAUGAGGAUGAAUUUCAGGCAACUAAAGAGUUCAUUCUGGGAGUUGUUGAACGAUUCCGCAUGGGCUCAGCUCACACCCGAGCUACAGUGUUGCUGUACCAUUCUGGAGUCAAAACAUAUGACCUGCAGGUUCAGAAGUGGUUGUUCAAGAAAACUGUCCGCGAGCUUCAUUACACAGGAGGGGAUGCCGCCUUCUUGGAUGAGGCAGUCAAGUAUCUAGCCGUCAACAUCUACGACAAAAACAAGAGGGAGCACGCCGGACGAGUUGCGAUCAUCUUAACGGCCAGUGCAAACCCUCGCCCCAUCCGCUCCAUUGUCAAGAUGCUCAGAAAAAAGACCAUCACCACUCUGACUGUGGCGCUGGGUCCAGGGGUAAACAUGGCGCAGGUCAAUGACAUCACCAAGGCAAAUCCAGACAACAGGGCUUAUGUGCUGAGCAGCACAGCUGAGCUACCUGAUCAUCUGUUGGACCUCACAGAUUAUCUCUGUACUUUGGGGAUGGAGCCUGAAGUGGUGAAACCAAUCACAUCCGCACCCAGAAAAGCCCAGCAAGUCACAAAGAGCACUUCACCGACUCCUCCCCUGGAGCCAAAACCCACCAAAUAUGUUCCAAAGACUGAGUCCACCACAGCCUCCGUCUUGUCUCCUGUCACUACACUCCCAUCUCCCCUCAUUCCAGCCACACACGUGACAUUUAUCCUGGAAGGCUCGGAUGGUGUUGGAGAGGCCAACUUCAACAAAUCGCUCCUCUUCUUGGAGGAAGUUAUCUCCCGACUGACAGAAGAGGAGGAAUUGAUUCGCAUCACCGUAAUCCAAUACUCUGUGACAGUCACUGUGGAAAUCAGGCAGUGGGAGAUCAGGCAGCAGAGGCACCAACUGGUCCAACGGCUACGGCAGAUUCGCUGGCGAGGUGGAAAUAAGACCAACACUGGGACAGCUGUCAGUAAGACUCUCCAGGAACUGGAAACAAACCAGCCUUCACCUGGCUCCACACCUCCUCAGCUGGUCUUCCUUGUGACAGAGAAUCCCCCCACAGACACAGUGACACGUCCACAGUCGACAAGCACACAAACGCACGUGUAUCCCAUCGGUGUUGGACCAAACAUACACGAGAUGGAUUUGUUGCCAUUUAGCUCCCCCCAGCGUCCUCUGAUGGUGGAAGACUACAACCAUCUUUCCACUCUCGUCCACCGUGUUGUCAACAUCACACAAACCACAGUCAGACCGCGAUCACCCACCCUGCCGCCAUUAGUCUUACCGACACAUGCCAGCCUGCCGCCCACAGUUCCUUGUCAGAAGCCUGUAGAUGUGCUGUUCCUCUUAAGGGCCGGCGAGAACUUUGAGGACAUGAAGACAUUUGUUAGAGCUUUCAUCGCUGGUGCUGAUAUAGGUCUGAAUGGCACUCAGGUCAGCGUGAUUCAAUAUGGAGAAACCAACACGGUUGAGCUGUGGUGGAGGGAUCACCAGACCAAGUCCAAACUCCUCCAAAUACUUGAGAACACUCCGAGCAGGACCCCAGGAGUUCCUGCACUUGGAUCUGCACUGCGAUUCGCCGUUCAAACAUCAAUCGCAUCAAUCAGCGGUGGAAGAAUUGGAGUAGCAAAGGCAAUCGUGAUGUUGGUAACAGCCAAAUCAACUGAUGAUGUGAAAGAGGCAGCAAAUGAGGCUCUGGCAGCUGGUGUGUCAGUGUUCCCCAUAGGGAUUGGACAAGGCUAUGAUACGAAUGAGCUUACUGUGUUGGGUCGCCAUGGCAACCAAGAUAAUACUCUACACCUGAGCAACAUGGAUCACUUAUCUAUGUUACUAACUCUGGACAACACAUACAGAGAAAGAAUCUGCAGAGCUGGUCCACCAGGAAUCUGUGUUGAUGAUAAUGGAAAUGAGAGAAAACCUGGUGAAUCGUGGCUGCUGGACGAUGGAUGCCACUCUCUGCUGUGCCAUCCCAGUGGAGCAGUGACGGUCCAGAACCACAAAGUCAGCUGUGACAAACUAGAGCCGCCAGCAUGCAGAAACAACAUGGCUCCAGUUAAAGUCCAGGACACCUGUAGCUGCCACUGGGAAUGCCCUUGCAUGUGCAUGGGCAGCUCCACCAACCACGUCGUCAGGUUUGACAGCUUAGCUCUCCGGCUGGACGGAGAGGGCUUGUGCUCCUACACACUUCUCACUGUCAACGGUGACGGCGGCGAGGGGUCAGAGGUCAAACUCCACACUGGACCCUGUCAAGACACAACAAGUUACAAUCAGAUUUGCAUGAAAGCCAUGGAGGUGGCCCACGGACCACACAAGCUGAUGCUGAGGGAGGACAUGAGGGUUAUGAUUGGUCGGGAGGAGCUCGCCCUGCCGUGGCGGUUCUACGGCAUGGAGCUGAUGCGUUAUGGCGGAGUGAUGCUGCAGCUGAAAUCAAAUCAGGGCUACAUGCUGACUUUCACUCCUCAGAGCAACGAGUUCACCGUCACAUUUCAAAGCUCGGCCACCAGCGCUCAGACUGCUGGACUCUGUGGUGCUUGUGGAGAGGACAAAGCCAACAUCCUUUCUCUGCGUAACGGCAGCUCAACUACCAACCAGCCUGCGUUCAUCUCAGACUGGACUGUGGCUGGAGACGGGGGUGGUGUUUGUUUGCCAAAGCGGCAGUCUGUUUGUUUGUCUGGAGCAGCGAUGGGGUGUCAGGCCCUCCACUCUGAGGUGUUUCUGCCCUGUCACCCCUUCAUUUCUGUCCAGAUGUUCCUCACCAAGUGUGAGGAGCAGGCAUGUGAGGAGUCCGACGCGUGCGAGGUGAUAUCUGCCUAUGCACGGCUGUGCAGACAAAGAGGGGUGUGUGUGGACUGGAGGAGCCCCCACCUGUGUCCUUUAACGUGUCCGAGCUCCAUGGAAUAUGAUGCAUGUCGGACGGGCUGUGUAGAGGAUUGCGAUAGCAUCCAGGCAUUGCCAAGCGACUGGUCGGUUGCUAGGGGUAACGAGUCGUGUAUGGACACACCCACUGAAGGCUGCUUCUGCGCUGGGGGAACAGUUAUGCUUCAUGGACGCUGCGUCUCGCCAGAGGCGUGUGGACAGUGUGUCGACCAGUACGGACACACAUACAUACACAUGCAGAGCUGGGUACCAGACCAUAACCCAUGUUUGAUAUGCAUGUGUUUGGAUCAGCAACGCAUCAACUGCACUGCCCGGCCCUGCAAUGAUGUCAAAGCUCCAGAGUGUGGACCCUGUGAGGUUCUGAAAGAGAGGAAGGGCUCCAUGUGCUGCCCUGAGUAUGAGUGUGUGUGCGAUCUGGUGAAGUGUGCGCUGCCGGAAGUGCCCCAGUGUGUGGACGGUCAGACUCUGCUUCUAAAGAACCCCGGCGACUGUCAGCCUAUUCAUGAAUGCGUGUGCAAAAAGGAAGAGUGUGCCCUUCAACCUCCUCCAGACUGUCCUGCUCAUCAGCAGCUGUCAGUAAAAAAGACCAAGUGCUGCGAUGUUUUUGAGUGUUCGUGCAACUGCCAGAACUCCACGCACACCUGCCCCGCUGGCUUCAUGACAUCCUCCUUGAUCAACAACUGUGGCUGCUCAGAAACCAGCUGCUCACCUGACAAGGUGUGUGUGGUUGAUGGUACGGUUCACCCAGUGGGGAGUGAGUGGGAAGAAGGGUGCAAGAAAUGCAGCUGCACUGACCUGCAGGACAAAGACACUCUGCUCCACGUGGCCCAGUGCAAACCUCCCGUGUGUGAUCAGAGCUGUCCUCUGGGCUCAACGUACACUCCAGUUAAAGGUGAAUGCUGUGGGAAGUGCACACAAACCAGCUGUGUAGAGUCAGCAGGAGACAUGCGAGGGGACACUCUUAUUGGAGGAAAACUAAGAUAUGUUGGUGAGGUGUGGCAUCCUCCAUCUGACAGCUGCACUAUACAUCAGUGUGUGAAAGUGAAUGAUGCAGUAUUCAUCUCCACAACAAAUGUCAGCUGUGCUGUUAUGGACGCUCCAACCUGCCCACUGGGAGCCGAGCUGCACUGUGAAACUGUGGACUGCUGUCCUCGCUGCUACUGUGCCCCUGUGCACGCAUGCGUUCUCAAUCACACAGUGAUUGCAGCAGGGGAUCGGGUCAUGUUGGACGUGUGUACAUACUGUGAGUGUGCAGUGGAGAAUGGCCCAGUGAUGAAAUAUAAACUAUCCUGCAGGAAAACCAGCUGCCCCACCUGCCCCACGGGAUACACCCUGCAGAAGGAGGAAGGAAGCUGCUGCGGUCGCUGUAUUGCUACAGCCUGUGUAACACAGAAGAUGGACGGAAGCCUCAUCAGUGUACAAGUCAACUCAACUAAAGAGGAUGGAUGCAACCUGUACACAUGUGGUGUGAAUAAGAGAGGAGAUCUGGUCCUGGAGACUAAAAUGACAACUUGUCCACCUUUUAACCAGAAAGAUUGUCUGGACGAAGGGGGGAAAAUCGUCAACAUUGGAAAAACCUGCUGUGAGAUGUGUAAGCAGCCUGAGUGUCGAAAAACCGUGGGAACACUUAACUACAUCAAAGUGGACGACUGCCAGUCGGAGAAUCAGAUUGAGCUGCGUUAUUGUGAAGGAAAAUGUCGCAGUAAAUCCACGUACUCCCUGCAGAGAGCGGCUGUCGAGCAGGAGUGUGUGUGCUGUGCCGCUGUGGAGACGGAGCCUCUCAGUGUUCCGGUCCUGUGCACCAACGGCACUCGCAGUCACCACACCGUCCUGUCCGUCACCAAAUGUGACUGUCUGUCCAAACGCUGCACAUAG